ACACAAAACAAAAAUCUCCGUGUGCUUCCCCUCUCUUCCUCUCGUCCUCUCCCUUCCGCGCAGGGGAGACCUCUGAGAACCGAGAGCCAGGAAGAAGGCGAGCGGCGUCAAUCAAGCGAGACAUCAACCAACUGGCCCCCCUUACCACCGAAACUGCACUUCUCCACCACCUCAGCGGGCGCAGAGGGGCCCAGCACCCGGAGGUGUUCGUCUAAUUUCUCGCGUCAGCUUCGGCCGCACCGGCGGGAGGUUCGGAGGCGGGGGCGGGGAGGUAGGAAGCAGCGAUCUUGGCACCGUCCGAGCUGUCAGGAGCAGGAUUGAAUGGCUAUAUAGAGUUGGGCCCAAUUGACCUGAUCGCCUGAAAUGGAGUUGGUGGUUAAGCGGCACCGCUGUACGCACUCCGCGAACUGUGUUUGCCUCAAGGGCCACAUCAGUGAGGAUGCAAUGUAUCUCGUGUUUAAACACAUGAAUUGGAACCCAAAGAUGAUUGCUAUCUUCUCCGGCGUAUGUAAGUGGUUUGAUGAAUUCGCCAAGAGGGUGCUCUGGAAGGAAUUCUGCCAAGCUAGAGCACCAAAGAUGAUGAAGGAUUUGCACUCUGAUGGAAGCCAUAUUGUCGAUGGCAACUGGAAAGCCCUAGGGAAGCUUCUUAUCUAUUGCUCAGGGUGCCCUAGGGGAGACCUGUUUAGUAACAUCCAUGUCCCAAUCCCAGGGCACUUUGUCUACAGGACCCGUUUUUCUAGGACGUUGGGGAAGAGCUUAUUGCCACCACAGUGCAGGUCAGAUGUGUUGUAUGUCUCGGAGUCUUGUGAACAUCUUGACCAGGGUGAGGAAGGUGACUUGGGCCUCUUCCGGGGUAUCUUAAAGUCAUUUGCUGGGUCGAAUAUGAAGAAAAUGUUGAUUGAGAGGCAGGCAACGUUCCAUCCGAAUGAGGUGUGUCCUUAUUGUAAAACAAAGCUAUGGCACUUGAUGCAACCAAAUAUGAUACCGAGCAGUGCCUCCACGAGGUUGGAUGCGGAUGAUGAUUCUGUUGAGUACUAUGUAUGCCUUAAUGGGCACAUCAUUGGUUCAUGCACUCUGAUGCCCUUCUCAGAUUCUGAGGACACAAAGGAAGAGUGAUCAAGACUUGAAUCAGGUUUUCUGUGCCAAACCCCAUGCUUUUGACUAGGACGUGAGCAGCAACAGGGACAUGGGCCGUUGUUGGGGUGGUAUUUAACUGCAGCGCCAGUGGUGUUCUGUAGUGGUGGUAGUAGUUAAUAGUAGAAAAGGAAGAGGUAGCUGUAUGGUGUUUCCUUUAUUUAUGAAUACCUCAUUACAGGUCUCUUUGCAAUGCACCUACUUGUUGUUACCGGUAUGUGUAAGGCAUGUGGCUUGAAAUGUACAGGUUUUGCUUGUAUUCUGUAUAGCCCGUUGUGCUCUGACCCUGUGGUUGUGCUCACAUUGGCAUCACAUACAGACUUGCAGAGGUGCAGGUUCUUUUCGGUUAUC